GAUGAACACUGCACACGAGUGAAUUGCGUUGCGGCAACGAAAAAAAACGUAAUUUCGCUGGUAGAACAAACGACAACAAAAAAGUACACAACAGUAAGAAGAAGACAAAAAGAAAGAAAGAAAAAAACAAAAAAAAAGACACACAGUCGUGUGUUGUGUGUACAAUAAUAAAACCCCAUUGAAGCUACAGACCAAUAGAAGUGUUUUGCAGUCGAAUCGGUGAACAUAAAAUUAAAUUGUGCUCUCUUUCUCAUCGCACGCGCGAAUGUGUUUAUACCAAAAAAAAAUAUUGUGUACCCGAAAGCAGUGAAAAUUAUUCAGUAUUCGCGCUCCAUUCGUAUCGAAAAUUAGAAAAAGAAAAAUAAAAAAAAAAUUGGUGAAAAAUAAUCAUUAUAAAUAAUUAGAUAAUAGCGCGGUGUAGUAAAAAAAAAAACGUGUGAACAGCAAUUGCGGAUUAAUUGUGUACCUGUCUCUAAUGAUCAAACGAGUAGCGUGAAAAAAAAAACAGUAGAUUUCCAAGAGAGAAUCCGUGACGAGUGCAAGCGAGCAAAAAUAUUAUACCGCACCCACAUAAACACACGACAUACAUUUGGCAACAAUCUGUCUGUCUCCCUCUAUCUCCCCAUCAACCGUUAGAUGUAAACACACUCAACGAAUUUCAUUCUGUGCCAUUUUAAUAGUUUGUGCUCUGCGAUAUCAAGCGAUCGAUUUGAAACGCAACAGUCAAAUCAAAUAUACGAGAUAAAAAAAGAAAUAUUACGAUACCAAAAAUUGAAAAAGUGAAAUAGUGACACUUUGAUUCUGUGAUUGUUUUAUUUAUCAGUGUUGAAAACAAAAACUUUUAUCGAAAAACAUUGAAAAGUGCUUAAAUCUAGUGAACUCUGACCAAAAUCGUGUUUAAAAAGACUUUUUUGUUCCACGACCACAGCUCAGUCCAAAAUAAAUAAAUAGAAAAAAAUUGAAAACCAAAAAAAGAAACAACCAAACCGAUUCAACUCCGUUCCGUGACGUGCCGUGUCUGUGCGUUUUUCUUGGCUAUGAAUUGUUGUUUUGUUGUUUAGAUUGUUUUUAAUUUUUCGUCUUUCGUUUCGUUUUAUUGUGUGAGAGUGUAUUAUUAAUAUGUUGUCGUAUAUGGUGCCUGUUGAAGAUAAAUCACCACCGCAUAAUUUGAAAUUAGAAUUAAAUUUGGAUCAAAGCGAAAAUGCAAAUCAAAAUGGUAAUAAUAAUGUGGCCGCUUCAUCGUCAUUGUCACCGUCAGCCAAAAUUUUAAACUUUGAACGGCAACACCAUUUUACCAGCGCAUUAAAAAGUCCUCCAAAACCGAAAACCGAAGCAGCAGCACAACGUCCAAAAACUCUAGCGAAACCAAAACAACAAAUUCACAAUAUGGAUACAACAAAUGGCCCCGCCGAAAGUACGAGCAGCAUAUUGGCAACGGCUUCCGUUAGCGGUGAUCCAUCGACUGACGAUGGCAAAAAAGUUAAAAUGGCUAAAAUCGGAACCACAAAAACUGCAGCUUUGAAACGAGUAUCAUUUGGAUCAUCAAAAGGUUCUAUGGUUGAAACAUUGGUAUUUGAAACGCCAACACCUCUCCUAGAGCAACAAGAGUUUGGUUUUCCGGCCGAUAAGCCAGCAACACACGGUGCAGCCGGACAUAGUAGCAAUUCUUCGUCGGGUCUUGAUGACAGUGGCAUCGAACUUCAAGAGGAAUUAGAACGUUCCAAAGUGCGAGUAACAUUCUUUCAGAGUGAUAAACCACAACUAAUCAGUCCUCCGGAGCCACAGCAUUCAGAUUACUUCAGCACCGAUCCAAAUAGUAUAUUGGUUAAUUUUAGCGACGAAAUGGCAUCACAAGCAGCAUUACCGCCAAACUAUAAUAGGCAAAUCAGCACGGAGUCAGGAUGGGACAAUCCAUUCCGACCUGGUGGCGAUUUAUCGAGAGAAGCCGAUGAAAUUGUGAACAUGAUAAAAGGUGGAAAGCCCAUUACACCAAAUGAUGUUACUGAUAGCUUAUCAAACGGACACACGACAGAAAAUGGUGCUGUUGUCGAAACGGUGACGAAAACGGAAGCGCCCCAAAAACUACAAAGCCCAAAAAAUGGCAGCGGAAAAGAUGCGGAUCAGAAUGGUGCACAAAAUACUCAAAUUUCAAAUUCAGUUGUACCGGGCCCACAAUCAGCUAGCCACGUUGUAGUCGACGAUAAAAAGAAGAAAAAGUGUACUUGUUGUGUGAUACAAUAGAAAAUUAAACAAGAAAAAUGGACACAAAAUCCACUAGUUUCAAAUAUGUUCAAUGUUCACUAUAACAUGAAAAAAAAAAUCCAAAAACAAAAAAAAAACUUAUUUUCAUAACUCUAUGAAUUUAAUUCAGCUGAAUGGACAGAGUUAAAUUCACAAGCACACAUAUUCUACAAACUACUUUCGUUUUUUUAUAUAUAUUUAGAUUGAAAUCUAAUUCAAAAUAAAAAAAAUCAGCUUUCCAAACACAAAAAAAAAUAAUAAUAAUUCAGCAACAAACCAGGAAAUCAUCUACACAAAUUGUUCUAUAUAUAUAUAUAUAUAUAUAUAAAUACUAAAGUCAAGCUACGACCAACCUUUAAAUUCUUGAUAUGAAACCGCGACAAAUGCUAAAUGAUAACAAAUAAAUAAACAAAAAAAAAUAAUGAAACACCUUACUAAAGAAAUCUUUAUGUGUACGUAUUUAUACUGCAUAAUUAUUAAUUGUAAUGAUAUGAUAUGAUAUGUAAUUAUCGAAAUAUUAUUAUUAUAUUAUUAUUGUAAAAUUAGGACUAAUUUUAAGUAAAAUAUGGAUUGUAAAACAACCAAAAUCCAAGCAAACAACAAAUGCAAAACAACACGAAAUAGAAGAGUAUAUUUAAAACUAUAUAUUCAAUUUAGUUUAAAUGUUGCAAUGAUAUGAAUGGUUGAAAAGAAAAAUGAUUUAACAAUCUUUACACAAGACACGUAAAUACAUCAAUAUAAAUUAAAUAGCAAACGA